AUGUCUCUCCGCGAGCCCUCCUUCGAAGUGUCGCGGGCAACCUCCCGCCCUGCGUCCUCCAACACCCCACUCCGUCCUCACCCACGAUCCACCCAUCAAUCGAUCCUGAAAACCCUCCGUUCUAUCACGGGCAAUGACGCGCACAGCCGUACCAUGUUUCUCAAGGAAUGUUCCCUCUAUACAUGCUUCCUCCUAGCAGGUUGGGUGGACGCUACACCCGGUGCACUCCUCCCCGCCAUCCGCCAUCACUAUUCGCUCAGCUUCAUCUACGUUUCCAUGCUCUUUGUGGGCACCUUCAUCGGAUGCAUCAUCGCAGCAGGCAGCGUAUCUCCGUUGAUGGAUAAGUGGGGAUUCGGCAAAAUGAUCUCCCUCGCAGCGGGACUCGGGAUGGUGUUUCCAGUGGUGUUUCUCACCAUGCCCCCCUUUCCCGUGCUCAUCGCCGCGAUGGUCGUCUCCGGCAUGUCGACGAGUACGCUGGAUGCGCUGGUGAAUGUGUGGAUCAGUCAACGACCUAAUGCGGAUGUACGGCUGGGCGUCACGCACUUCCUCUAUGGAGUGGGUGCGUUGAGUUCACCGCUCGCAGCGAUCCCGUUUUUGCACGAGGGCAGGGAGGAAGGGGUGAAGUUCCAGUACUUUUUCUUGGUGAGUCUUGGGUUGGCCACGGCGGUACUGGUGUUGGUCACGGCGGCGUUUCGGUUGAGUAGGGAUGAGCAUGUGGAAGGACCCGAAGAGCCGGUGCAGGUCGAGCUUCGACCUCGACAACACUCGCCGGAGGAGGGGGAUAAGAAGUCCCACCCUAACGAGGGAGCCAUCGAUCUUAUGCCAACAACAUCCCGACUGGGAACCGGAGAGCUCCAUCCCACCCCCGCACCAGCGCCGGCUGCUGGACUGGCCAAACUCCGCGCAGUGAUCCGUCAACCCAAAGUGCAACUCCUGGCGCUGUUCACCUUCACCUACGUCGGAACCGAGGUCACCGUCGGCGGCUGGACCUCGUCCUACCUCAUCACGGUGCGCAACACCACCACCUCGGCCAACGCCAUCGUUUCGGGCUUUUGGGGAGGUAUCGCAUUCGGUCGCAUCCUGCUCAUCCCCGUCACGGCGUGA